AUGACUGAGAACAUGCAGGUUGGGAGGUUAGACCUCGCCAGCCGAACCAUUGACUUAACAACGGUUUUGCUUCGCGCAACCUCGUCGUCCGGGUCCCUGCUCAAAGGCGCCUGGGAGAUUGGGCAGUGGCUCGGCCGCGAAAGGCUGAACCAGUACGAGCUUCUCGACUGCAUGGAGAAAGCUAAGGGCUUCGCGUUUGCAAACCAGAGCGGUCAGCAGUUCUUCGACAAGAUCAUACAAGGACUCGAGACCUUGCCGGUUCGUCCACUAUUCCUGCAGCAGUCAGGGUCGCUGGGCCGACUGAUGGCCGGGGAUCCGAGCCUGAGCUGGAUCGUGUCGACUGUGGCAUGCCUCUUCCAGUACCACAGAGAUGACAUGCUCGUGACCGACACGGUGACGGCGUGUAUCAUGGAGUCUCACCGCUUGAGAGAGCAAGAGCACGAUGUCGUAACUCGAGACGCAUUCAUGUAUAACCCAGAACAUACAAGAGUGAGAGCAGUGGUGCGCAAGAUUGUCUCAAGCGUGUGGUACAACGUCGUCAACGUUGGCUGCGACACAGUCCCGCUGCCCGACGAGCUCCUGGCCGUCUGUUCACGAGGCCACUACCUCGACCCUGGCGACUUCGGUGUCGUCGUCAACACCAUAUAUUCUCGAUGCCCGUCCAAGGCGAUCCUGCGGACAACUCAUCUUCUGCGCGAUGUCAUGCUGUGGCUUCUCUUGCACUACGACGGCGCGAUUGUCGUCAAUGUCGGAGGGCAUAUCGUCUACCGCGCGGAUUUCGGCAACCCUCUGCGCGAGCUCGAGGUCAACGUCGCCUCUCCAUGUCCCCAAGAAGGUGACUGUGAUGUCGUGCGUCAGGCGUCGUACCAAAUCCUCCGCCACGUUUCAGGAAAGUUUGAAGAUUUUCUGACAGGCUAUAUUUCUUCCGACUUUGAUGACUCACUGCCGCGACCGGGAAUCCGGCAGAAGUUGUACGAGAUUCCUCGGCUAUAUCCCAGGGCUAGUCCCAUGUGGAACGAGGGUGUGCAGAUAUUGAUCAAGUGCACAGCGCAGUCUAUAAUGCGGUGGUUGCUAGGUGUCCCGCUGUCCCCCCAAACAGACUCCCCAGGGUUUAGUGCCGAGCCGCUCCGACAGGCCGCCGAAGGCGAAAUGACAGUCUCACUAGCGCUAGGAAACGUGCCAUCAAUCCUCAGUUUACAAUGGGGCAGCUCACCCGGGGCUCACAUCACCUUCAAAAGCCUGGCCGAAGUUACACGAUCUUUCGCCAGUCACCGUUACGAAUUUGGUGAGGGCGGUUUUACGGGCUACCGUUUGAUUGCCCUCCUCGAACUCUUUCCGAUUCUCAAAGACAUGGCGUCUAAAGUGGGUGCGGAAUGUCAGUGUUCAGAAUGUUCAUUGGUGAAAAGGGGGUCGGUGAAGCAGAGCGGCCUUAAGUCAGGUUGUCUUCGUCGUCUAGCCGUGGAGGAAGCUCUCUUACUCAUAGCACACGGUGUCGCGGAUGGAUUCUGCGUUGACACUGCAUCCUCUGUUUCUGAUUCUACCCAUAUUGUCGAGGGAAUGGCUACUCUGCUCUUGGAAAUUUCAUCUUGA